AUGUCUUCCGAAGAACAUCAACUUCGCAUCGAAAACGCUCACUUACAUGAAGAGAUCGGUCAAUUAUCCUUGAUGGUGGAAAAGUUGACAGGCAACCAAGUCAGGAAUUAUAAUGUCAUGUCUCUUCCUGCUCUACCUCGAUCUUUGGAGCUCGGGAUGGUAACUGUUGGAAGAGAUAAUGUGUAUGGAAAUGGCGAAAACCUCUGGAGGUCAAUCACUGGACCAACAGAUGCUGAUAAGCCAAUGAUCAUAGAGCUAGCAGUUGAAGCCAUGGAGGAACUAAUGAGGAUGGCUCAAGUGGGUGAACCACUUUGGAUGGGAGGAGUCCAUGGAACUAGCUUAGUCUUGAACUUGGAUGAAUACACAAGAACGUUUCCAAAGGGAGUCGGGCCUAGACCGAACAGGUUUAGGUCCGAGGCAUCGAGGGAUACCGUGAUGGUGCUUAUGAAUCAUAUGAACGUUGUUAAGAUGCUCAUGGAUGUGAAUCAAUGGUCCUUGAUGUUUUCUGGAAUGAUUGCUAGAGCAAUGACUCAUGAAGUUUUAUCGACUGGAGUUGCUGGAAACUUGGACGGAUCUCUUCAACUGAUGACUGCUGAAUUCCAAGUGCUUUCGCCGUUUGUCUCGACACGCGAAUGCUACUUCGUCCGCUACUGUAAACAGCAAGGAGAUGGUUUAUGGGCCGUGGUCGAUGUUUCCAUUGACCAUCUUGUUCCAAACCUCGAACUUAAAUGUCGUAAACGACCCUCUGGUUGUCUAAUUCAAGAAAUUCCAAAUGAAUGCGCCAAGGUUACAUGGAUUGAGCAUGUAGAGGUAGAUGACAGAGGAGGAUUUCACUACUUGUAUAAGCACUUAGUCGGUACUGGUCAAGCUUUUGGUGCUAGCCGUUGGGUUGCAGCAUUGGACCGUCAGUGCGAGCGGUUAGCCAGCAUCGUGGCUCCAAACUUCUCAUCCGUAGAAUCGGAUGCGAUAACGGACAAAGCAAAGAGUGAAGUACUGAAAUUAGCUGAGCGAAUGGCGAGAAGCUUCUUCGCUGGUGUGACCACUUCGACUGAAAAUAUGUGGCGUAUGUAUUAUUGUGACCGUGUAGGAGAUGAUAUUAGACUGAUGACUAGCACGAGUUUUAGUGAUCCAGGAAGGCCUCCAGGUGUUGUUCUUUGUGCAUCUACUUCAUUUUGGGUCCCUGUUUCUCCUAAGACUCUCUUUGACUUCCUUCGUGAUGAGAAUACUCGAACCAAGUGGGAUGUUUUGUCCUGUGGAGGGACUGUGCAGAAGAUUUCACAGAUUGCAAAUGGGAGAGACAGUAGGAACUGUGUAACUGUACUCCGGGGGUUGAAUGCUAACAACACCGAUAUGAUGAUAGUUCAAGAGAGCUCUACUAAUCCAACAGCUUCAUUUGUGAUCAAUGCACCUGUUGAUAUAGCANCAAUAGAGACUGUUCUCAAAGGAGCUGAAUCUGACUAUGUGGCUUUACUUCCUUCGGGUUUUGUUAUUCUUCCCGAUGGAGUUAGUCAGCGUGGAGGAGGAGGCUCGCUUCUUACCGCAUCAUUUCAGAUGUUGGUUGAUUCAGCUCCUUCUGCUAAGCUGACUAUGAGCUCUGUUGCAACUAUUGAGAAUCUGAUUCGUGCAACCAUGCAUAGGAUCAAGACUUUGUUUCCUUGUCUCCCUGCUUGA